AUGACUCCUGAAGCUAUUUUGUGUGAUGAUGUUGCUAAAGCUACAAAAGCUAAAAGUGAGAGCAAGAAAAAUGCCAAAUCUGCUGCUGCUAAGAAGGAUGAGAUAAGAUUGAAAGGACAUUGCUUGCUUGCGACUAAAUCUGAUAUUAAUGAAUUGAUUGAUUCCACAUCUGUUGUAUAUGCUUUGGAGUAUUCUGAUAUUUUUCCAAGUGAGAUACCAGCGGGGUUGCCACCUAUACGAGAGAUUGAGCACCAAAUUGAUCUUAUUCCUGGUGCAUCUUUGCCAAACCGUGCACCAUACAUGACCAAUCCAGAGGAAACCAAAGAAAUUAAGCGAUUCAGGAUGAGUCGACCAUUAUUUGUUCGUAUAAUGAAAGCAGUGGAAGAGCAUGAUGAAUACUUUCAACAGUCGAUAGAUGCAGCUCACCAUGUUGGACUUAGUUGCUUACAGAAAGUUACUGCAGCAUUUAGGAUGCUAACUUAUGGAGUACCAGCAGACGCUAUAGACGAGGUUGUGCGUAUUGGAGAAGGUACGGCCAUAGAAAGUCUAAGGAAGUUUGUUAAAGCUGUUAUUGAUGUUUUUGGGGACGAGUACUUGAGGGCACCCAAUGAGAAUGAUAUAGCACGUUUACUUGCAAUUGGCAAAGAAAGAGGUUUCCCUGGUAUGCUUGAAGCUCCUAAAGUGAAGUAUAAGAUAAAUGGUCAUGAUUACACAAUAGGAUACUAUCUUGCAGAUGGCAUAUACCCAUCUUGGGCUACACUGGUUAAGACCAUACCUGAACCACGUGGUAGUAAGAGGUCAUACUUUGCAAAAGCACAGGAAGCAGUACGAAAGGAUGCGGAACGAGCUUCUGGGGUGCUGCAGUCCCGUUUUGCUAUAAUUCGAGGGCCAGCUCGGUUUUGGGACGAUAAGACGCUGAGCGAAAUUAUUAUAGCUUGUAUUAUCAUGCAUAAUAUGAUUGUCGAAGAUGAGGGAAUACUGGAUCCUGACGAACGCUUUGACGACGGAGGAGAUUGUGUUGAGCCCUCACAUGAGCAUACGGCAGAUUUCGAUGAAUUUAUUGAGAACCACUUGAAAAUUAGAAACAAGAAAAUUCACCAUCAACUUCAAGAAGAUCUAGUGGAGCAUCUGUGGCAACACCAUCCGGAUCUUUAUAUUUAG